AUGGAGACUGUUAUGACAAUAAAGAACAUGACCUUCAAGGUUGGACAAACCCUGACUGUUGUUGGAGUUGUUAAACCUGAUUCCAAAGAGUUUGCAGUGAAUAUUGGCCCCAGCGAGGACAGAAUUGCACUUCAUCUCAACCCUCGUUUUAACGCCAAGGGAGACACAAACAUCAUUGUUUGCAACACUUUCGAGGCAGACAAGUGGUGUCAGGAGCAACGGGAGAAACGCUUUCCUUUCAGCCUGGGAAAGGACUUCAAGAUUGUCAUCAAAUUCACUCCUUCAGAGUUUGAGGUGACUUUACCAGAUGGCUCAACAUUUCGUUUCCCCAACCGCCUCGGUGCACAGGAAUACUCAUUCAUGAGCUUUCAUGAGGGUGCCCGCAUUCAAAGCAUUGAGAUCAAGUAA